GGAGAGGUAUAAGACAAAAGAUGUUUACUUCUAAAUUUUCCCUAGUGAAAUGUUGUACAAGUUGAUCUUCAAAUUCUAUACAAGUCCUCAAGUCUUCCUUCGCCAAAAUACAAAUUCACUAUCUUCAUAAUUUACGGUAUUACCAUGUACAGUUCUUGCUCUAAACGCCAGCAAGCCUAAGAGAUGAGCACGUCGAAUGGGAACACUGAUUCAAUCGAGUUGAAUCCCAUCCAUCAACAACAUCAAAUUAACAUCGAGAGUACUUCACACAAUCAAGCAUCACAAUCAUCACCACUGAAUUUACCUCGUCUAGAUCUACUCAACGGUGAAAGAGAUGACUUCAAUACAAUUUGUGUUCCUCUAUAUAAUGCAUCAACAAUUGGGGAUUUGGAAGCUGCUAAAGUCAUCCUUGAUAAGCGUCGAGAGCUAGUACGAUUUAGCAUCAUUGAAAGUUAUGAAACAAUGCUUCACAUUGCAGUAUUGAGCAAAUCGUACAAGUUCGUGGAAUAUCUGAUGAGUUUGAUGACCGAGGAGGACAUAAAACUUUCAAAUAGAAAUGGAGAAACGGCCUUCUAUUUAGUUGCUAGAGUUGGAAAUGUUAAAAUGGCUCACAUUUUGGUGAAAAAGAACAGGGGCGUGAUAAAUAUCACCGAUAGUCAAGGAAGGAUGCCACUCCACGUGGCUGCUUUGUUUGGAAGGCGUACCAUGGUUCAAUACUUAUAUGAUGACUCUGACAAAAUGAGUGGAGGUUUCUGGACACAUCAAAAUCGAAGUUGGGUUCUUGAGGCAUGUGUUGAGAAUUGGUUAUAUGGUGUUGCAUUACAAAUGGUGAACGACCAUCCAAAACUUGCUAUAAAUGGGAGUAUACUCAGGCUAUUGGCUCGAAGACCUUCUGCAUUUCUUGUUAUGAAACCUAAUUUUAUGGGUAGAAUCACAGUUUUCAUUUUGGCACUUUGUCAUCUGACGAUUGAACUUACUAGUGAGAGAGGCAAGACCUUGGAAUUACUAAGAGCCAUUUUCAUAGAGAUUAUGAAAUUGCCCAAGGCUGAAAGGGAUGACAUAAUAAGAGGACCACCUGAUGAAAAAGAUGCGAAGCAAAAAUACUCUUCCCGACUACUAUUUCUUGCUGCAGAAAACGGUAACAUUGAAUUUGUGGUAGAGGUCAUUAGGCAAUACCCAUAUCUGGCUCUGGAGGUAGAUGACAAUAACCACAGUAUAUUUCAUGUUGCUGUCUUACAUCAUCAUUUGCGUAUCUUCAAACUAUUACAUAAGAUGAAGCAUAUUAAGGAUUCAGUUAUUACUCUUGAAGACAAAAAUGGCAACAAUAUGUUACAUUUAAUUGGGGAGAAUGUAGAAGGAAUGGGUCCACUGUUGAAUGAAGAACUCCUUUGGUUUCAGGAAGUAGCUACCAUAGUCCCUCAAGGUUUACGAGAUAAGAGGAACUUCACUGGUCUAACACCCGCCCAAGUAUUCUUCAAUAGACACACUGAUCUCUUUUUUAAGUUGGAAGCGUGGAUAAAAGAAGCAGCCACCCAAUUAAUGGUGGUUGCAGCACUUGUAGCCACCAUGUCGUUUGCAGCAGCAUUUACAUUUCCAGGUGGAUACAAGCAAGAUACUGUUUAUGAUCGAGAGAGGAGAUCGACCAACAGAGACAACGAGAGAGAUAUCAAGCCGGAGAGACACUGUCGCCAACCACCGUCACAGUCGCCAACCACUGUCACAGUCACCACCACCUCACCGUCGCCGACCACCAUCACCGACACCACCACCUCACCGUUGAUGUCACUGUCACCACCGCCUCGCCAACCACCGUCACUAUCACCACCACCUCACCGUCGCCGACCACCAUCUUAA